CAAGUCUCAGACAAAACUCACUCAUCAGACAACAGCUGAAUCUAUGGGGAGGAGGAGGAUGGGGGUGGGGCUGCACAUAAAUCAAUGUGGUAAUGCGUUUCAGCAGAAGUCUGUUUGCUUUUUUUCUGAGUGAAGACGGCCAGUGAAAGAAUAAUACUGAAGAAGCUUUUAGAUUCUCUGCUAAAAUCAUCGUAAACAGAUGCGAGCUGCUGCAGACGGGACAAACAUGGAGGCCACCACAGCAUUGUUCCAACUCUACACUUUCCAAAAAACAACAAGCAACUCCCAUCUGUUGCCCCCUUUUCUAAAAGCUUUCCAGAACUUUUCAUCUGCUUCCAUUUCUAAUGCCUCCUAUUCAGCGUCGCCUCCACCUGAAGACUUGGUGAUUUCCCCCAACGUGACGUACAUGGCGGCUGAGCUCGUCAUCGCCUUUUUCUCCACUACAGGAAAUCUACUGGUCUGUGUCGCUGUGGGCCUCAACCGCAAAUUGCGCACCGUCACCAACUACUUCCUGGUCUCGCUCGCAGUUGCUGACAUUUGUGUGGGCGCAAUCGCCAUUCCCUGUGCCAUCCUGACCGACAUUGGCAUGCCGCGCCACAAUCUCUACCUGUGUCUUCUCAUGCUCAGCGUUUUAAUCAUGUUCACCCAGAGCUCCAUCUUCAGCUUGCUGGCAGUGGCUGUGGAGCGCUACAUCGCCAUCUUCAUGCCUUUCCGAUACCAGGUCCUGAUGACGCCUCGCAACGCUGUGCUGGUGAUCCUCGCCACAUGGAUUCUGGCGUUUCUCAUCGGACUUGUGCCUCUGAUGGGCUGGCACAAGACGCCGCCUGACACGGGCUACUGUUUCUUCGUCCUUGUGGUGGACAUGACCUACAUGGUCUAUUUCAAUUUCUUUGCUUGCGUGCUCACUCCUCUGGUGAUCAUGUUCCUCAUCUACGCCCAAAUCUUUGUCACAGUUAAGCACCAAGUGCGGCGCAUCACAUCUGAGCAAAGCGGCAGAGGUGACGGACAAAUCAGGACCGCGGCCAGCAUGCGGCGAGAGAUGAAGACAGCUACUUCUCUCUUUCUGGUUCUUUUCCUCUUUACGGUCUGCUGGAUCCCACUUCACAUUAUCAACUGCUUCCUGCUUCUGUGUCCACGCUGCUAUGUACCUCUUGAGCUUCUGCUCACAGCCAUCAUCUUGUCACACGCAAACUCUGCUGUCAACCCUUUCCUUUAUGCCUAUACCAUGACGGCUUUCAGGGACACAUUUAAAGCUAUUUUUAUGUGCUGCAGGACAGUGGUGGACAGAGAGGCUUUAAAUGAGACCAACAGCAGGGAUCAACGCUAGACCUGAUCAUAACUUUAAUCCCAGGCUUUAAACCGAAUAAAUGAUUUUGGCUCACCCCUCA